CGGAAGCGGCGGGGCGCGGCCCGGAAGUGGAGCCGCCGCCGGAGCCACCAUGGCCGAGACCGACCCCAAGAGCAUCCAGGACCUGACGGCCGUGGUGCAGACAUUGCUCCAGCAAAUGCAGGACAAGUUUCAAACCAUGUCUGACCAAAUAAUUGGAAGAAUCGAUGACAUGAGCUGCCGCAUCGAUGACCUGGAGAGGAACAUUGCUGACCUCAUGAUGCAGGCGGGCGUGGAGGAGCUCGAGGGAGAGAACAAGACCCCAGCUCCCAACAAGGGUUAAAUUUGCCAACAGCUCAAAUCAUAGAAGAUGAUUUUUCUUUUUUUCUACAAAUCCUUGGAAUUAAAGAAUGGCUUUUUGCAACUCCAGUGUGUGAAAGCAUUUUUAUAUUGUUACAGAGCUUGCAUUCCUAAUGUACAUUGUAUAGUUGGGGUAGGGUAGUUUCUAUUUUGAUUUGUGUACUGUAAUUUCGCUUUUUGAAUUCUUGUUACGAGAAUCACUUGGUUGUGUUAUCAAAACACAAAUCUUAUGGAUCUCAACUUCUGGGUGUACUUUUUUGUGGAGUCACUUUUUCCUCUUUCCUGUACUUUUCUAGAUGUUUCAUGUUUGAUAGCUCAGCAUUUCGUGACUCCCACCAAAUGGGAAUCUUGCCUUGUCCUACGUGAGUUUGUGGAGUGAAGCACAAGAUUGAAACGUAAUUAAUUGCAUUAAUUGUAGCUCUGAGCAUCAGGCACUCACUGGUUGAGGAUUGUGUUGUCUUUCAUACGUGUAAGAAAGGUGAUUUUUUUGGAAACAAGAGACACUGAACAUCAAAAUCAUCUCUCCUACUCCUGGUGUUACCUGAGUUUCCUGGAGCAGAAACCAGAAAUGCGGAUUUCCCAGGAGAGACACCUGAGCCACCACUGCCUCCCCAAGCUGUGCCACCUGGACAGAAAAGGAGCUGUGAACACUCUCACUGGGGACUGAGGGGUUUCACCACUCUGCCUUGGCACUGCCCUCUGGCACUUCCUUUGUCAGUAACUGGGAUUGAGGUGGGCUGGGGUUGAUGCUGGGCAGAGCAGGGAUGGGAUUGUGGGAAUGUCUGUGUGGGGGUUUCAGUGGGAAUCAGUUUGCCAACAAAGCAGUGAUACAUGAGGAAUAAAAAAGAGAAUCCAGGUAGAUUUUUAAAGCCUUGCUUCUCUUGGAAUAACAGCUUCAAAAAUAUUUGAUUCGGAAAAGAGUUUGCUUUUCUAAUCAUACCCGCAUCUUUGGGCCUGGAGUAGGUAUUUAUUACAUUUUGGCCGUGGGAAUUGUGUUUGGGAGAGUCUUUACUGUGUCAAUUGUGAGGAAAAAUGACCAAUGUCAGCUAUUCCUGACAAUCAUUGCAAUGCUCCUCCAGCUUCAAAUGCAAAUUUCAGCAAGCACUAGUGGCAGGCAGCAGCCCUAAACUGCUCCUUAAAUGCCACCAAAUUAGCACCUGGGUGCUGUGAAGGCAAUAUGACAGGUCAUUUUUCCAAACUCACUGUAAUAAAAGCUCAUAAUAACAGGGGAAUUUUGUGAACAUGAGAAAUGUAUCGAUAUAUACUUGUAAUACCAGCCUUAGGUCCUUUGUAAUGUCAUUUGGAAAAAAUCUAAUAAACUGCUAGAUGGUAACAAAUA